UUCAUUUUGUGGCGUCGCCUGCGUCCCCUUGACAUAAACAUGAUUUUCAGUAAAAGUGUGUGAUUUUACGGCCUAUAAAACGCGACGAGAAUACUCUUCAGUUAUUCAAACGGCGCCUUCCAAGGAGCACGCCCUCGACAUCCCUGUGUGUGGAAGCUGACGGCCCCUCGGUUGGCACAGAAUUGAAGCCAACCCCUCAUGAUUUAUAUUUUUUAAUCUGGGAAUUAGCAGUUUACCUUUCUGUGCAGCAUGAAGAUCGCGGUAGAGGGCUGUUGCCAUGGAGAGCUGGACAAAAUCUACGAGACAAUCGGCUACCUGGAGAAAAAGGAAUCGAUCAAAGUGGACCUGCUGCUUUGCUGUGGAGACUUCCAAGCGGUUCGAAAUGAAGGAGACAUGAACUGUAUGGCUGUACCACUCAAAUACAGAAUGAUGCAGACCUUCUACAAAUACUAUUCUGGAGAGAAGAAGGCUCCCGUCCUGACCGUCUUCAUUGGAGGGAACCAUGAGGCUUCCAACCACCUGCAGGAGCUGCCGUAUGGCGGCUGGGUGGCACCCAACAUUUAUUAUCUAGGUUAUGCUGGUGUUGUUCGCUACAAAGGGAUAAGAAUCGGUGGCGUAUCUGGAAUCUUUAAAUCACAUGACUACAGAAGGGGUCACCAUGAAUUCCCUCCAUACGAUCGCAGUACACUUCGAAGUGUAUACCACGUCCGAAAUAUUGAGGUGUUCAAACUGAAACAGAUCCAGAUGCCCAUAGACAUCUUCAUGAGCCACGACUGGCCUCGUGGAAUCUACCACCAUGGAUGUACAGCAGAACUGUUGAGGAAGAAGAAGUUUCUGCGUCAGGAAGUGGAGUCCAACUCUCUGGGAAGUCCUGCAGCUGAGGAGCUCCUCGCUCACCUCCAGCCCAAAUACUGGUUCUCUGCGCAUCUUCACGUGAAAUUCGCUGCCGUUAAGCAGCAUCCGCCGAAACCUAAUGCUACCCCACGUGUGACCAAGUUCCUGUCCCUGGAUAAAUGUCUGCCCCACAGGGACUUCUUACAGAUUGUGGAUGUUGCAGAGAGACCAGGUUCCUCUGAGGGUCUUGAGUAUGAUCCAGAGUGGCUUGCUAUUCUAAAGGCCACCAACAGUCUCCAAAGCACGGACCCUCACCCCUGGAACCCCCCCGAGAACAAUGGCCUGCACGAACGGUGGGACUUCAGACCUUCAGAAGCAGCGAUGAUGCAGGUGGCGAAGGAGUUCAGCGGCGAACUCGCCAUUCCGGACAACUUCAGCCAGACGGUGCAACCCUACGACCCCAAAGGGCCCAAGCAGCACGCCUCCCUCAGCUGGAACACCAACCCUCAGACGACCGAGCUCUGUGCCACGUUGGGGCUCACCGACCUCUACGCCCACGCUCUGCAGGGAGGUGGCAACUUGAGCAGAAUUCAGGCCGGCGCGGCAGGGGACGACGCCGACGACGAUUGUGGCGAAAGUGCAGACGAACGCGGCGAGUACCCGACCGACACGUCAGGAUUUUCGAGGUCGUAUAAUCCCGAUGAGAUCACCAUAGAGGACGAGUGGGAGGAAGAGGAAGGAACGGAGGAGGUUGAGGGAAGCUGUGACCUAAAAUCAUCAGUAAGGGGAGAGAAUCCCCCUGAUGGACCUGCGGGUGAAGUCCAAACCCCCGGCCGAAUGGUUCUGCCCGCGCCCAAAUCGGACACCUCGGAUCCGUCCCCACUGAUGAACCUGCCACCUCCAUCCCACUCGACCCCAGCAGUGGCGGCUCGCUCUGGAGCAGAAAGGGAAGAACCCUGCAAGGACAAAGAUGAUGUCGCCGAUGAUGAUGAUGAUGAUGAUGCGUCGGCAUUAGCUACCCUAAAACGUACCAGCGACGAAGCCGAGGCUCCUGGCAGUAAAGGUACAACUCCCAGAAUCAAACGCCGAAACCAGGUCAUCUAUACAACAGUGGAGGGUGACGACGAGUGAGGAUGGGAGGUCAGGGGUCAGAUCGGGACAAAAAGUGAGGACUGCUUUCGUACCAUUUUUAACGUGUACAAUACUCUGUUUUAUUGAUUUUUAAAACUUUUUUUAUGAAUCUACUUCCUGCCUUGUGAUACUUCUGAGGGGACAAGCGAUGUAUGGCUUCAUGAAAACCAACUAAAAGCAGACGCAUAGAUUGUUAGAAUAUCUUUGUUUGUAUAAUUUUUAAGAGUAAAAAAGCUGAGAAAUUAAAAUAUUUGGUUUUUAAAUGAA